AGUCAGGCCAUGAUGGCACCUCUCAACCUCAAGAAAUGACCUCCAAUAACGAAGCUGGUGACGAGACCUCCUCCAUCAGUUCAGACGAAUGCUCCACGUGGUAUCCUCUUGAGGACAUCACACUGACAAGUGACCUGCACACUGAAGCAGACAGCGGAAUGCAAAAUGUUUCAAACUUGGAGAUGUUUGCGGACUGUAUGGCCUGUGCCAUUGUAACGACAGCAUAUUGUGCUGUCGGUGAUCCCCAAAAGCCUGAAAAUGGCCACACUCUCACUUCUCCAGAGGGUGGUAGUUUUUGCGCCGUAGGAGACAUACCCAGUCCAUGCAGUGUACAAAGUCAAGGCGAAGAAUUGUUGCAGAUUGGGAAAGAACCCUAUCUCAGCCACGUCCCACCAGACUCGGAUCACUUCUCAUCACAAAUCAUUCCUUCAGGGGACGUUGACUUGUUGCGAACUUCUCAGAGAUCACACUCGUUGCCAAGUAUGAACAGUUUCUGUGAAAAUGUUGCUUCUGAUAUUCUCAAUCGUGCAAUGGACUCUGUGCAGAGGCAGGCUGGAACAACAGCUGAAGGCAGGAGACCAAUUGCCACAGGGAACUGGGGAUGUGGUGCCUUCGGUGGUGACCCACAGCUAAAGGCCAUGUUGCAGUGGAUGGCUGCCUCACAUGCUGACGCACCUGAACUCCUUUACUACACCUUCGGAAACAAGGAUGUUGAACAGCUUGAAGAGGUUUGUGAACAGUUGAGAGGUAGAGGCUGGCUGGUAGCUGACUUGUGCCAAGCAGUGCAAGAGUAUGCUGAGAGGACAAGACCACCAGUCUCUAAGAAAACACAAGACACGGCACCAGCCCUUGAAAACUUGUUUUCUUAUCUGAUGGAAAGGGAGUGAGAAACCACUGCAUAUGUUACAGCGCUUGAAGCCUUAACGUACAUUGUACAUUCUACAAAUUAUGGUAGCAGUCUCUGGUUGGGGUUUUCAUAUUGAUGUGUAACACAGUGCACAACUGAGGUCACCAAAAUGGCAUAUGGUGCCAAGCAGCAAGUUUUGAGCACCACAAUGUCCUCUUCUAGCAUCCCUCAGCGAGGCUAGUAAAUUACAGUACUGGAAAAUGGUAGCAAUCAGAAAACGGCAGUUGCAAAUUAGAUCUUGACAAUUAUGUUGGAAAUGCAGGCCAAAGACUGCUACCAAUGCUAAAUUUACAAACCAUGUUGCUGGAUUCUGAUAAACAACCACUCAUAACAUACCAGUCUUUCAUUAUAAGUGAUGUAGUCUAGAGUGCCCAUUGCUACACUUGUAUUUCGUCCCCUUUUGUGUAUACUAGUAUUUUCCUAGUCUUACAUGUGAUGUUAUUUCUAUGUUCAGCAGAUAUUUUAUAAAAAUCAUUGACAGUGCUGUAUUGUCUUAAAUAUUCCUUAAUAUGGGUCAAAUUGGCAGUUGCUAUCUAAAUUACAAUAAUUGUUGCAUUAUUGACUUAGUAGACUUAGCUUUGUUGCAUAUCACUUAUUAAUUAACAGAACUUGCUAGAACUUUUACAUGUAAGCUAUUGACAUUGUGUUUUAAAUUUUACAUUUAUUUCAGAAAUUUCUUGUAGGGAGAUUGCUAUUUUAAUGGAUAGGUAUUACAGUUCCAAUGCAUAUUUUGUUGUGGAGAUUCCAGAUGAGAAUAUGAUUGUUCCUGUAACGAAAAUAAUAUCACCAUUAUAAAAUUCAAUGGAUAGAUUUGUAUGUGUAGAUAUAUAGGUGGCAUAAGAUGCAUUGGCUGGUUUUCUUGUGGACAAAAAUUUAAUUUUCUCAGUUUGAAAUUGGCACUAGGUGUGUAAAUGUUGUAACAUGUUUUCUGCGAUUCUGCAGACAAGUGUGUUUUCAUACUAAAAAUGUGCCUAUAAUGAUUGACUUUUAAUUGUUACAGUAUUGCAAGGACGUCCUUGAGUAUUGCAAUGACAUUCUGAAAGUCUAUAAUUGAUAAAAGCACUCGUGGAGACUUGUAUGUCUUGUACAUUUGGUUACAAGUUUGAUAUACAUUAUCUACUACAAAAUGACUACAUGGGGCAAUAUGUAUUAAAUGAAACUUCAAUAUGUGGAAUUGGCUUUUAUUUGGGGGGGGGGGGGGCACGAUUUUCAAUUCUCUCUAAGGUUCUCUUAUGCCAGGAAAGGGAGUUUGCCAUAGAAGGGAGUUUGUCUAGAAAGGUAGUAGAUCUGGCCAUGUUUUCUGUUUUUCUCUUGCUGGCUUAGUCUUUACCAUAGGCUGG